AUGAGUCGGCGCCGAUGGUGGGAGGAGCUGGCGGAGACUGUGCGGGUGGCGGUGCGGGAAACACGAUCCGACAAAUGGCAGUCCAGCUUGAAAGUAACUUCAUUGAGUGUAAAUCUUCUUGGCAUGAAGGAUUUGGCUAUGCCCUCCAAUACAUCUACAAUUAUGCCAGAGGUUCACCAAUUUCAAAAGGAAGCUUCAGAGGAGGACCAAAAAUAUGCUUUAUUACAUGGUUCCCAAGGCCUAUGCCAACAUAUGCUAGAUCGAGGGAAGAAAUUAGUGAGUGGUCAUGAAUCCGAGGAAGCUCAACAAUUAAACUCAUUAGGUUGUGAGCAUGAAGAGGUGCUAGAGGAUCACGAUGAAUUAUGGAACACCAUGGCCAGACAACAACCCUCGGGACCAUCUUGGGAUGAUUCAGGUAUUCAUAGUAGGGCACUUGACAUUGUUGGAAAUGAACUACCCCGCUUAGUUUAUGUAUCUCGUGUAAAGAGUCUUGGUUUCCGACACCACAAGAAAGCUGGUGCAAUGAAUGCAUUGGUUUGUUGGUUAGUUGGUGACUGUAGUGAAGCUGAUAUACUUGCUGCUUUCCAUGAUGCCAUCAGUGAUGGAGUAGAUGUACUAUCUAUUUCCUUGGGCUCAGGAACACCUUUGCCUGACUAUUUUGCUUCAAGUUUAGAUAUAGGAUCCUUCCAUGCAAUGGAAAAGGGUAUUCCUGCGGUGAUUUCAGAAGGAAAUGAUGGGCCUAACCCUGCUUCUGUUUCAAAUACAACUCCUUGGAGUAUGUCUGUAGCAGCAAGCACCAUUGACCGUAGCUUUCCUACAAACUUAAUGCUUGGAAAUAACAUGAGUAUCAAGGGAAAGGGAGUAAACACCGAAAAACCAAAGAGCUCAUUCAUACCACUGGUAGAUGGAGCCUCAGCCUCAAGGGGAGGAGAAAUAGUGCUAUGCUUUGAAACUCAUGGGAGUGACGAAGACUUCAAUGCAGCUUUAGAUGUGUACGUAGCAGGAGGGGCUGCAUUAAUUUUCUCAGAAGUGCCCACCAAAGUGGUGCGACAGCUCUCUUUUAUACCUGAGGUGUACGUAGAUAUGGAGCAAGGGGCAAAGAUCCUUUCAUAUUACAAGUCAUCUCAGUCUCCUGUUGUUCGAAUGAGUCCAAGUAGAAGUGUUGUGGAACUUGAACCUACACCUGUUCUAGCCUACUUCUCCUGGAGGGGACCUAGCACACUAUCUCUAGACAUUUUGAAGCCUGAUAUAACAGCUCCAGGUGUGAACAUUCUGGAGGCAUGGCCUCUAGUGGUUCCACCUUCAGAAAUAGGAUUUUACACACGGUCUGUGGACUACAAUUUCUUAUCAGGAACAUCCAUGUCAUGCCCUCAUGUCCCUGGAAUUGCUGCUCUUCUCAAAUCAAUUCAUCUAGAAUGGAGUGCUGCGGCCAUCAGAUCUGUCAUCAUGACAACUGGGGAUGAGAAUGGCAAUAUUAUUACUAAAAAGGAAAUGACCUUAGGGGAUCCUACUUACAACAUGAUAGAAUUUAGAGCUGCACUUCUUGGACUACGGAUGGGGAUAAAGAUUGUAGCUGAGAAAAUUUAG